GUCCGUUGUGUCACAGCGGAACAGUUACAGUGUAACAUCAAAAUGUACAUGUGAAUCUCUGGCAUGAUCUUGCAUGAAAUAUGGCCAUGAAACGGUUGUACAUCGGUGGUCUCAGCCACACAGUGUCUGAAAAGGACCUCAAAGACAGAUUUGGAAAAUUUGGCGACGUGUCAGAUGUGGAAAUCAUUACGAGGAAAGAUGAAAAUGGAGCUCCUCUGAAGACAUUUGGCUACAUCAACAUAAACAUCACAGAUGCCGAAUACAGAAGAUGUGUAGGCAUCUUAAAUAAAUCCACAUGGAAAGGUGGUACCUUGCUUAUUCAGUUGGCAAAAGAAAGCUUUCUGCAUAGACUUGCUGAGGAACGACAGCAACUGGUUGAAAUGGCCAAGACCCCAAAAAUCAUCCCUCAGGAGAAAUUAUUGGACUCGCUUAAAGCGGCCGGCGUUGAGAAUUUCCACAUGAAAGCUGCCGUUCCAGGAACAGAAAUUCCCGGUCAUGAUAAUUGGGUUGUGAGUAAAUUUGGGAGGGUACUUCCUGUUCUGAAUCUGAAGUCCAAAAGAAAAAACAAGAUCUUUAAGUAUGAUCCAUCCAAACACUGCCACAACAUUAAAAGACUGGAGACUGCAGAUGACGUCACAUCAGUGUCCAAGCUGACAUGGGAGAUUGAAGGUGGAGAUGAUGAAAUCAGUAAGAAAAGGCGAGGAGAGUUUCCAGAGCAGAAACCAUGUCCCAAAAAAUCCAAAAUAGACGUGAGUUUGUUUUUGGCUCAGAGAAAUGGAAUUAAUGCAGCUGCCAAAGUGGCGAUCCAACAAAACGGACUCUCUGCUACAAGGACAGGAAAACAAAAAACUGUUUCUGUUUUGGAUGGCGACAUCGACUCUGAAGAUGAAAUUAGAAUGUUGGUUGCUCAAGAACAUUUGAGGAACCCAAAACAAACCAUUACGGAGGAUGAUGAUGACAACCUGGAGGUAGUGGGAGAUGAUUUUAUUGUCAAGUCUAACGUUUUCUGGGGUGGAGCGGAACAAGAUGGCAUAAGAAAGUCCCUAACUUCAUCAAAAGACGAUGAGGAAUACGACUCUGCUGACACAGAUGAAAUACUCACCCAGAGAAAGACCCAAAAACCACAAGUUGAAUCUCCAGCUAGUCAAGAUUCUCCAACAGAAUCUGAAUCUGAUGAUGGUGGUGAUGAGGCAUCUGAUGAUGAUGAUGUUAGUGUAGAUUCUGAUUAUGAAGCCAUGAUGGGGAACUGUUACCGUUUAGAUCUUUCCCUAGCAGACUUGGAGCGGUUAGCUAAAAACGCAGAGGAGAUAUCAGAUGAUGAAAGUGCAGAAGAACCCCACCUAGAACCCCCAAGUGCACCACCCAAAACAAAAGGCAAUAACCCAGAAGAUAUUCUCGCCUCGCUUCUUGAAGACGACACCCCUGAGAAAGAAAGUAAGAAGAAGAAAAAUCAGGCGAGCACUGUAUCUCUUCCUGCUUUCAUUGGAACUAAGGAUCUCUUUGGAGGUCCAGAGCCAAGCCUGAAAAGAGUCGCCGAAAGUAUAGACUGCGAAUCUUCUAAAAGACUCAAACAAGACAUUAAAUUGAAAGAACAAAGCGUCUCAGAAGAUACAAGUCAACCGCAGGGUUCAAACUGUCCAUCAUCAACCACAAAAAGACUUGAGAAUAAAGCGUCCAUCUCAGAAGAUGAUUCUUCUAGUGAAGAAUCAGAAAGCAGUGGUAAGGAAGAUGUCUUUACAUCUAAAACAUCUUCAGCAUCACAAUCAGUAAGAACCAUCACUGAAACCGAACUAAAGACUGUUAGUGCUAACUCAAAGACCCCACUCAAAUCCAAGCAGACAAAAACCUCCAGAUCCUCCAGUAGUGACUCUUCUAGUGAAGAAUCAGAAAGCAGUGAGGAAGAUGGUGCUAAAGCUUUCACUUCUACAACAUCUUCAGCAACACAGUCUGUAAAAACUAUUCCAAAAACUGAAAUGAAGACUGUUAUCUCCAACGAAUCAAAGAGCCCAAUCAAACCCAAGCAAAGGACCUCCAGGUCCUCCAGUAGUGACUCUUCUAGUGCAGAAUUGGAAAGCAGUGAGGAGGAAGAUAAUGAAGAUGCUACUGAAGCUUUCACUUCUAAAACAUCUUCAGUGACACAGUCUGUAAAUACCAUCCCUAAAGCCGAAAUAAAGACGCUUAACUCCAACGAAGCAAAAAUCCCUGUCAAGCCCAAGCAGACAAAGACCUCCAGGUCCUCCAGUAGUGACUCUUCUAGUGAGGAAUCUGAAAGCAGCGAGGAAGAAGAAAAUGCUAAAGUCUCCAUUUCUAAAACAUCUUCAGCAUCACAAUCGGCAAGAACCAUCCCAGAAACGGAAGUAAAAACUGGUAUGUCUAAUAUCCCAAUCAAGACCAAGCAGACGAAGACCUCCAGAUCCUCAAGUAGUGACUCUUCUAAUGAAGAAUCUGAAAGCAGUGAGGAAGAAGAUAGUGCUAAAGUCCUCACUUCCAAAACAUCUUCAACCAUCCCUGAAACCGAAGUAAAAACUGUAAGCUCUGAUAACUCAGUCAAACCCAAACAGACUAAGACCUCAAGAUCCUCAAGUAGCGACUCUUCUAGUGAGGAAUCAGAAACUAGUGAUGAUGAGAUGUCCAGAACUCAGACAAAGGAUUCCAAGCCUGACAAUUCAAUGAACGUUCAGGUGAAAGCUGUUUCACAUCCACCAGUUCUUUACUCAACUGUUGUUGACGCUCAGAAACAACAGCAGGACAACCAGAAACGUCUUGCGGCGCUGGAGCAACGACAGAAAGAAACCGAGCAACAGAAAAAACUCAUUCAAGGGGCUCUUUCUAAAGUGGACGCAGGGAAAGUGAACAAAAGCAAACACAUUGUGUUUGAUUCUGAUGAAGAAGAGGAUGAAACCACAAGCAGACCAGCAGAAAAACCAGGAAACCUGAAAAAAAGCCUUUUUGAGGACGAUUCAGGAUCUGAUGAAGAUCAAGAAACAUCCACAUCAAAAGAAAAGAAGAACAACAAACCAGCUGGCACCAAGCUGUUCGACAGUGAAGAUGAGGAUGAAGGUGCUGAGAACGAUCGUUUCCAGAUCAAGCCCCAGUUUGAGGGCAAAGCUGGACAGAAGCUCAUGGCGCUGCAGGCCAGAUUCGGAACCGAUUCAAGAUUCCAGGUCGAUUCUAGAUUUCUGGAAAGUGAUGAUGAAGAUCAAGAUGCGGCGGAUCCAGAAAAAAAUGUGGACGAACAACUUCUUGAGGAGAAAAAGAAAAGUCUAGACAUCCUCCAGAGCAUUUUAAACAUCAACGUACAACCACAAAACACCAGAAAGGGCAAGAUGUUCAAAGAUGUUUCGAGCCUGCAUUACGACCCGACACAAGAAGAACACGCUACUUUUGAGACCAAGACAGAGGAACCGAAGAAAGAAAGCAAAGCGGCAAAGCGAAAGAAACGCAUAGAGGCUGAAAAACUCCCUGAAGUUUCUAAGGACAUUUACUUUGACGUCUCUGUGGAUUUAAAGGAAGUCUUCGGGAUGUCUAAAGACAACCAGGAGGAGAACGAAACAGUGUUUUGGGAUAAAGAGGCAGAAGAGACUGAAGAUAUAAUUAAACCUAUGGAGAUUUCCUUCAGUUCUAAUGUAGAAGCAAAAGAAGACACUUCAGGUGGAUUCAAGUUCUCCUUCUUUGGCGAGGACGCAGCUACGGAGACGACCAACAAGACAGACGUGUACAAAAUAGAGACAUUAAAAGGAGCCAAGUUCUCUUGGCAAGUGGACCCUCGAUUCCAAGACAGCAGUUCAGAUGAGGAAGAAGUGGACGAGGUUGAGGAGGACCAAUCUGCUUCCAGCAAAAUUACAGAGGAACCGACAACAUCAAAAAAGAUGUUUUUCUUUUUCUUUCAAGGUGACGAGCGGUUAAAAGAGGGGCCGGGAAUGUUUUGUAGAAGCGUAAAACUACAAGACCAGAGGGAAGCCUGGGAAGAAAAGAGGACGUCACUCAGAGAGGAAUGUCGCAAGAAACACAGAGAUGCCAAAAGACGCCAAAGGCCUUCGCUGAAGACCUGAACGAUUUAAAGUAUUCAAAUACAUUUUUUUUUACAAAAAAAAAGAUAACAGAGACAUUUUUCAUAUUCUGUUUAAUAGCUGUAAUUUAUUAUUCAAAAUAAGUGUCUAAUGCAAUUAUUCUCUUUGUAUGAUCGAAAUGAUUUGAGAAUAAAUGCCAGUUUGUACCACUA